CUCAAGAAAAAAAAUACAAACGUAUUCAAUAAAAAAUGCAGAAAGCGACUUUGAUAAUUAUCGGUUUUAUACUUUUCUCAACAUGUACGCAAAUUCUUGCACAAUCUUGCAACAACGACUCUGAUUGCACUAAUCUAAACUGUGCAACAAAGAACCACAUCAAGUGUGAGCAGAACAAGUGUCAAUGCAUUAAUGAAAGAUACCUCCGCGUGAUAUCCGUUAAGCCAAGGUGUAAUGUCCAAUCGUGCAUUGACUUGUGCAAAUCAAAAGGCGAAGUUAUAUAUGUUUGUAUCACAUACCGUUGUUAUUGUCGCAAACCUCCAAUGUGAUAAUAACACAAGCUAAUUAGCAACAAUUGUAGUAUCUUAAAGUUCUUCAACUGCGGCAAGUUUCAACAUGUACUCUUUUAUUUAUAUUCG